AUGGCGUCGUUAUUGAAACCGUCGAUCGGGUUACGUCUGUACAACCGUUGGCAGCCGCUGCUGUUCCGCCGCACCAAAGUUACGGAUACUGCCAAAUUCCGGGCCACUCUCCUGAACAUACCACCGACACAAGUUACCCAACUGAAGAGUGGACUUCGUGUGGCAAGUGAAGAUACGGGCUUGCAAACUACUACCGUUGGUGUGUGGAUAAAUGCCGGUUCACGUUUCGAAAAUGACAACAACAACGGUGUGGCCCAUUUUCUGGAGCAUAUGGCGUUCAAAGGCACACGUAAUCGUUCGCAGGUUGAUCUCGAGCUAGAGGUGGAAAACAUGGGCGCACACCUGAAUGCUUAUACAUCGCGUGAGCAGAUCGUCUUCUACGCCAAGUGUCCAUCGCAGGAUGUACCGAAAGCUAUCGCAUUGCUGGCCGAUAUAAUACAGAACCCGAAACUGGGCGAAGCAGAGAUUGAGCGUGAACGAGACGUUAUCCUACGGGAGAUGCAAGAGAUCGAAAGUAACUUGCAGGAGGUAGUGUUCGACCAUUUGCACGCCACCGCCUACCAGGGUACACCGCUUGGUAAUACCAUCCUUGGACCAACCAAAAAUAUUCGGUCGAUUGGGAAGACAGACCUUGAGCAGUAUAUUAAGGAGCAUUAUACUGCACCUCGCAUCGUAUUGGCAGCGGCAGGUGGUGUAUGCCACAACGAUUUGGUGAAGUUAGCGGAACAGAACUUUAGUAGUUUGAGCUCCUCAGUGAAUAGCAAUGCGGAAGCGUUGGCCACGUACCGCUUUACUGGAUCUGAAGUGCGUGUUCGCGAUGAUUCAUUGCCGCUUGCGCAUGUCGCAAUCGCCGUCGAGGGAUGCGGCUGGACUGAUCCGGAUAAUGUCCCGCUUUUGGUGGCCAGUACGUUUAUUGGUGUGUGGGAUCGCUCGCAGAGUGGAAGUGUGAAUAGUGCGUCCAAGUUGGCCGUAGCUUCGGCUGUUGAUGGAUUGUGCCAUAGCUUUCGGUCGUUUAACACCUGUUACAAGGACACUGGUCUGUGGGGUUUAUAUUUUGUGUGUGAUCCGCUUAGUUGUGAGGACAUGCUGUUUAAUGUGCAAAAGGAAUGGAUGCGACUCUGUACAAUGAUAACAGAGGGCGAAGUAGAACGAGCCAAGAACUUGCUCAAGACCAACAUGUUGAUGCAUUUGAAUGGCACUACGCCUAUCUGUGAGGAUAUUGGGCGCCAAAUGCUAUGCUACAAUCGUCGAAUUCCAUUACACGAAUUGGAACAAAGAAUUGAUAGUGUUACUGCCCAGAAUGUGCGUGAUGUUGGAAUGAAGUACAUUUACGAUCGUUGCCCAGCAGUAGCAGCCGUCGGACCGGUCGAGAACUUGCCUGAUUAUAUGCGAAUCCGUGCUUCUAUGACAUGGACUCGCUUGUAAAAUAAU